UGGUUAUCCUAUUAAUUUUUCUCCUAUUAAUUUGUCUCAUGUUAAUUAGAUUAUUAGUCCAACCAGAAGAAUUCAGAAAGGUAGGGAAAAAAUUUUUUUCUGCCCCCACGGUUUUAUUGAGGCAGCCAGGCAAAAAGAAAAUUUACUGGCUAGAACCCCACACUUUCCUCUAAGGCUGAAGCAACUCAGGAGAUCCUGGGACAUCUAACACAGGCUGGAAGGAGUCCAGCUCACUGAGGGCUUGCCACCUGCCUGCUCACCUUCUCCAGCAUCCUGUGCUCCCUGCCGCCUGAACCAUGAUCAGGAAGGUCCUCAUCUUCUCUACCUGGUUUGUCCUGGCUGGGACUUUCCCCUUAAUACUCCCAAACAUCGACUAUCAUGCAGACAUGUUCAAGGACUCAGAGUUACAACCUGAACUAAAUUCAAUCAUUGACCCAGAAUCACCCACUGACCUGGACCUCGCUGGUGCUUUAGAGUCACCCACUGCCCUGGACCUCACUGAUGCUUUAGAGUCACCCACUGCCCUGGACCUCACUGAUGCUUUAGAGUCACUCACUGACAAGGACCUCGCUGAUGCUUUAGAGUCACUCACUAACAAGGACCUCGCUGAUGCUUUAGAGUCACUCACUGACAAGGACCUUGCUGAUGCUUUAGAGUCACUCACUGACAAGGACCUCACUGAUGCUUUAGAGUCACUCACUAACAAGGACCUCGCUGAUGCUGUAGACUCAUCCACUGCCCUAGACCUCACUGGGGCUGUAGAGUCACCCACUGCCCUGGACCACACUGGGGCUGUAGAGUCAUCCACUGCCCUGGCCCACACUGGGGCUGUAGAGUCACCCACUGCCCUGGACCACACUGGGGCUGUAGAGUCAUCCACUGCCCUGGACCACACUGAUGCUGUAGAGUCAUCCACUGCCCUGGACCACACUGAUGCUGUAGAGUCGACCACUGAUGUUUAUUUGGAGAAUACACAGGCUUCGGAAUUGUCUACUGAAGUGGGCUCAACUAUCCCCAGCAUUAUGGGAGAAGCCACUGAGGAGGCCACAGCAAGUGUUCCUGGUGAUUAUUUGGAAAAGCCCAUGACUGGAGCAACAGGUGAACCCAGCACCUCCACGGAAAGCAAUGAGUUCACCUCAGAGCUUGUUUAAAAGGAAGCAGAUUCUCCAUCGGCUGAGAUCUUGAGUCUCCUAACCACAAUUUUCUAAGAAGACGCUGAGCUUCUUCACAAGCCCGCUGUUCCAUUGUAGGAGCUUGAAUGAUCCGAAAAGACCCGUGAGCCUUCGUAUAUACCCAGCUGAGGAUAAACACAGUGGAAUUGUCCACAGACAGAGGAUGUGCACAUUUCUGAACCACGUCCAUUUAAUAUGAGACCAAUAAAUGU